AUGGAGAAGAAGCCGGUGGAUCUUCAGAGCAAAGCCAUCUCAUUGACCGAGGCGCAGGUGGAAGAGUUCCAAGAAGCUUUCGGGCUCUUCGACAAGGAUGGCGAUGGCCGCAUCUCCAGUGACGAGCUGGGGGUCGUGCUGAAAGCCCUAGGCCGCAAGCCGACCUCGGAGGAGUUGAAGGCCAUGGUCGGAGAGGCCGAUGAGGACGGCAGUGGAACCAUCGAGUUCCCGGAGUUCCUGAAGCUGAUGGCGGCCAAGCUCCACGAUUUGGACUCGGCUGAGGAGAUGCACGAAGCUUUCAUGGUCUUCGACCGCGACAAGAGUGGUAAGGUGACCCCAAGCGAGCUGAAGCACGUGAUGAACAGCCUCGGCGAGAAGGUCACAAACGAGGAGAUCGAAGAGAUGGUCAAAGAGGCUGACAUGGACGGCGAUGGGGAACUCAGCUUCGAGGACUUCAUGCAGUUCAUUCAGAUGAGGGGCCUGGGCGGCCGUUGA